GAUACUAUUUUGAAAGCUGAAGCCGGAAGUGUUUCAAAUGUGUAGUUAAAUGUUCAGCUUGACUCGAGUUGGUUCAUUGAGUGAAAUCUUUUUUCGGUACAUUUUAGUGGAAACAGGAGCGAACAGACCGCAGAGAGAUGUGGUGGGUGCUGUGGGUGCUCGUCGCCUUGCUCGCUCUCUUCUGCUGUCUGGAUGUGUGGUACUUCCUACGGGUAGCUGCUGUCAUUCUCCGGGCCUGGUUCCAGCCUCCAAUCUGGGAUGUCACCGCAGAGCAGACCCUUACAGGUCUGGUCACUACCAACGACAUUGACAUGUGCCACAUGAACAAUGCUCGUUACCUCCGGGAGUGUGACUUUGCCCGCUUCUCUCUCUACAUGCGCAACGGUGUGUUCAAGGCACUGCGAGCGCUCGGAGGUUCUGCGGUAGUGGGCGCCACCACCAUCCGUUACCGCAGGGCUUUGUGUAUAGGCGAGGGGUACGAGCUGCGGAGUCGCAUCGUCACUUGGGAUGACAAAGCGUUUUUCCUGGAGCAGAGAUUUGUGUCAUCAAAAGAUGGGUUAGUGUGUGCCGUCAUGUACUGCAAGCAGAGUAUCAUACGCAGUAGCCCAGACAAGAUCAUGCAGCACUUGUGUAAGCGGAAGGUGGAGUGCCCUGAGUUUCCAGAAGACCUUCAGCACUGGGUCAACUUCAUCUCUGCCAGCAGCCAUUCCCUCAGGUCUGAGAGUGGACUUGAUGAGAAGAACAAAUAAGACAUUGCAUGGGCAGCUAUUAAGACUCCUUUUGUAAACCAGCUGAUUUACUCACUCAGGAUUAAAAAGCUGUCUGAAAGAGACCUUUGUCUCUUGUUCACAAAUACUUGCCUUAAACACACUUGUGCCUACACUUUUGAAAAACAAGCCCAAUACUUACCUAUCUGAGAGACUGGAAGAACUAGCACACCACAUUGUUUGGCUAGGCUGAAAGAAAACUUAUUCAGUAACAGGAACGUAAUAUGAUUGUAUAAAUGUGUAUUUUCUUGCACUAUCACAGCAAUUAAACACAUCCAUUUAGAA